UAUGCCAAUUCACUGUAUGCAUUGAUCUAUACAGAAUCACAAAUGUCAGUUCUUGGACAGCAUUUUCAUACCAAACAGACAGCAACUCUACUGACAUAAAUGAUCUCGAGCUCGGACUCUGCGGUGAAAACAAACAUCUAAGACUGUAUCUUUUUGGCACAGAGAUAGACAUUGAGCUUGAUUUAAUUCUUUUUAUAUGGCACAGUGUGUGCUGCAUAUGGGAUGGUAAUAAGGGACUGCUGGAAGUCUACCACAAUGGCACCCUAUUGUCUGAUAAAGUGAUUAACAGAACCAUGUGCCUGGAACCAGCCGGGAGCUUGGUGCUAGGGCAUUUGCACAAAAUCCAGAACGGCUAUAUCGUUCGGGGCAGCAGCAGCUUCGUUGGCAGCUUGUACUACUUUCAACUAUGGGACAGAAUCAGAGAGCAGAGUGAGUUAACGAAAUGUUCCCCAGGAAAUAUCGUCAGCUGGAGGGAGGAUUAUUGGCACUUUGACAACAUAGUUCCAAUCGCUGACCCUCAUCUACGCUGUGGCUCAGAGGAAGCAUCAUCAACAGCUGCUACUACAUCAUCUCCACCCACAUCUACUAAUGGUAGCACUCCAACUUUCACUGGAGAUGCAACAACUGAAGAUAUGACCAUAGCUGUUCCUGGAUAUACUACUAUACAUUAUACAACCAUAUCUGUCCCUGAGCCAACAGACAUGACAAGAGCCGAAUCCUCUACUACUGCUGCAACACCUCAAGCACCCGAGACCACAUCAAUGGUUAACCCAGAUGGGACCACACAUACACUCCUAUCCUCUUCCACAACAUCAACGCCCAGUACCUCAGUUACCGUGCCAGGGACUACGCAUCCAUUGAUAUCUGCUGGGACCACAACUUCACCCACUUCCUCUUCCACAACAUCAACACCCAGUACCUCAGUUACUGUGCCCGGGACUACCCAUUCAUUGAUAUCUGCUGGGACCACAGCUUUACCCACCUCCUCUUCCACAACAUCAAUGCCCAGUACCUCAGUUACUGUGCCCGGGACUACCCAUCCAUUGAUAUCUGCUGGGACCACAGCUUCACCCAAACCUAAUGAGACUGUUCCUACCUCCAAACCUGGUGAGGCUACAUCACAACCUAUUGUAACUACAUCUACCACUAAACCUACUAGUAUUUUGCCUGUUUCCAGACCAACAGUGACAACCUUAUCUACAGAUACCAAAACCACAUCCAAACCCUCCAAGUCCACAUCUGUAUCUACACCUGAUCUGUCCACUACAGUAAAAUCAGAUAAAAAAGUUACCUUCUAUGACAUCAAAAUGAACUUUUCUCUCUUCUACGAAACUCAGAGAACUCCUGAUUAUUAUGAUGCAAACAACCUUGCCAAAAACUGGUUUAAUGCCAGAUUUCCUGAAGGUGAAUGUGUUGUGACAAAUUAUUAUGUAACUGCAAGCAAAUACAGGAAUAAUUCUCCAGGAGGAAGUGUCCAGAGGAGAGCUGAUUUGGAGAAAAAGCAGAAUUCACAAAGCUAUGCCUCCAAAACCAUCAUAAAAGCCACAUCCACUCAUUCACAAGAAUACUUGAUCAUCAUGAUAAAAAAACAGUUGCAGAUGAAGUACGAAGAGGGGCCCUUGUCUGUGGAACCUGAAGAUGUGAUUGUCAGUGCAAUUGCUCCAGGUACCUGCCCAGAAGAAUGGUCAACCUACAAAGGGAAGUAUCUUUGGACACAGACUAAUCCGGCUAGCAAAACUGAAUUAAGAUGUGUGAAAAAUUCUAAGCAGUCUGCCACCAGGAGUUGCAUGAUAAAUAUUAAGAGUGAGAAAGCUUAUUGGGGAAGACCAAAUAUGAGACAAUGUAAAUUGCUGGAAGAACUUCCAAAUAAUAUUGUGGGUCUUACAAACGUUACCAUAACAGAAGAAAAUGCAGAGGAUAUUGCGGAGCACCUUUUAAAUCUGAUGAUAAACUUUACAAAAUUGGAUAAGGUAGAAACUGAGGUUAUCGUAAACAAAGUCUCUGCUAUUUCAAAGUGUGAUGAUAUAAGCAGGCCACUUGCUGAGACUACAUUAAAAAUACUGAACUCUAUUUUGCUGAAAGAAAUGAAUACACAGGGCUUGCAAACAGAGACCAAUAGUCCAGAUACUAUAAAGAUGGGCACACUAGAAAAGCCUUGA